AUGUUGAGGCGUUUCAGUUCAGUUCUUCUUACAAAAAAAGCAAAUUUUGCAACAGCAGCAGUUCCAGCACCGCACACAAAUCCUGAAAUAUUUUAUACCGGUCUCUUCAUAAACAACGAAUGGGUUAAAUCAGCUGAUGGGAAAACUUUCAAUACUGAAAAUCCCGCUAAUGGCAAAGUUAUUGCUGAGGUACAACAAGCGGGGAAGGCCGACGUCGAUCUAGCAGUCGCCGCUGCUAAAGACGCUUUCAGAUUCGGUUCAAAAUGGCGUACAAUGGACGCGUCACAGCGGGGGUACCUCAUCAACAAACUAGCGGAUCUCAUCGAGAGGGAUAGAGCUUACCUUGCUAGUUUAGAGACGCUAGACAACGGUAAGCCAUACCUCGCGGCGUACCAUGGAGAUUUAGCUGGUGUGAUCAAGAAUCUGAGGUACUACGCUGGCUGGGCUGACAAGAACCACGGGAAAGUACUGCCCGCUGACGGACCAUACUUCGCAUAUACCAGACAUGAACCCGUCGGUGUGUGUGGACAGAUCAUCCCGUGGAACUUCCCUCUCCUGAUGGCUGCUUGGAAGUUAGGUCCGGCGCUGGCUGGAGGGAACACGUUGAUACUGAAACCGGCUGAACAAACUCCCCUUACAGCACUGUAUUUGGCCCAACUUGUUAAGGAGGCAGGUUUCCCUCCAGGAGUAGUGAACGUGUUGCCGGGCUUCGGAGACGCGGGGGCGGCUCUGGUCGAACAUCCUGAUGUUGAUAAAAUAGCAUUUACUGGUUCCACAGAAGUCGGUAAGUUGAUCCAGCGCGGCGCAGCCGGUACAGUGAAGCGAAUCACUUUAGAACUAGGAGGGAAGUCUCCCAACAUUAUAUUCGCGGACGCCGACCUAGAAAAAGCCGUGGAACUAUCACACCAAGCGCUCUUCUACAACAUGGGACAAUGCUGUUGUGCCGGGUCCCGAACUUUCGUCGAGGAUUCAAUUUACGACAAGUUUGUAGAAAUGUCGGCCGCUCGCGCCGCUAAAAGAAAGGUGGGGGAUCCCUUCAAACCAGACACAGAACAAGGGCCACAGAUCGACUCGGAGCAACACUCAAAGAUCCUGAGCCUGAUCGAGAGCGGCAAACAACAAGGAGCCAAGUUGAUGACUGGCGGCCAGAGAUACGGCGACCAGGGAUACUUCAUACAACCGACCGUGUUCGCUGACGUUAAAGAUGAUAUGGACAUCGCGAGGACUGAGAUCUUCGGGCCGGUGCAGCAGAUCAUCAAGUUCUCCAACAUCGAUGAACUACUGGAGCGAGCGAAUAACACCGAGUACGGCUUAGCAGCGGCCGUCUGUACCAAGGACAUAGAUAGAGCUAACUACUUGAUACAGGGUCUUCGCGCGGGCACAGUGUGGCUGAAUGACUACAACGUGUUCGCUCAACAAGUACCUUUCGGAGGAUACAAACAAUCAGGAUUGGGGAGAGAAAACGGACCCUACGGCAUUAACAACUACACGGAAGUCAAGGCAGUGGUCGUCAAAAUACCGCAGAAGAACUCAUAG